AUGGAGACAACCCUCCCGCUCCCCUUCCUCGUCGGCGUCAAUGUGCCCCCCGGCCUCGGCGGCGAAAAGGAAGGGCUCAACCGCGAGGAAGUGUCCAGUCUCGGCUGCGUCUUCUUCGAAGUCGCGCCCCCGACCCUUGAGAAAGUGCUGCGCUUCCUAGGACGCCACAACACCGAGUUCCAGCCCUUCUUCGACGUGACCCGCCUCGAGUCCCGCGAGGACAUCAUCACCCUGCUCGACGGCGGUGCGCGCAAGGUCUUUGUGCGGCCCGACCAGCUGCCUGACUUCGCCGAGUUUGGAUCGCGGGUCGCUGCCGUUCUGGCUGGGGACAAGAUCGCGGAUGUGGCGUCGGCUGGGACCCAGCACGGCCUGCUGGUCUCUGGGCUGGACCUAGCCUCGCCAGGCGUCGAGCAGCUCAAGGCCAAGAAGAUCGAGCCGUUGUUUGUCAAGCCCGCUGCGGGGGCCGACCUGGAAGCGUUCGUCAAGCUCGCGGCAGAGUACAAAGCCGUACCCAUCCUUCCAUCUACGGGCCUCAGCAGCACCACACAACCAGGCAAGCUUGCGGUGUCCAAGAUCCUAGCUUCCACCUGGAAGUCGGACCGCCCAGAUGGUCUGAUCCCCACCGUGGUGGUCGACGAGCUGAACACGGCGCUGGGGCUGGUGUACAGCAGCGAGGAGAGCGUGGGCGAGGCGAUCAAGACCCAGACGGGCGUUUACCAGAGCCGGAAGCGCGGAUUGUGGUACAAGGGCGCGACGUCGGGGGACACACAAGAACUCGUCCGGGUAUCCCUGGAUUGCGACAAUGACGCGCUCAAGUUUGUGGUCCGGCAAAAGGGGCGCUUCUGUCACUUGGAUCAGUCGGGGUGCUUUGGGGAUCUGAAGGGCAUUUCCAAACUGGAGAAGACGCUCUUGUCGAGGAAACAGUCGGCGCCCGCGGGCUCGUACACGGCCCGUCUCUUCUCGGAUGAGAAGUUGCUGCGUGCCAAGAUUAUGGAGGAGGCUGAGGAGCUUUGUGAUGCGAAGACGCCCGAGGAAGUGGCCUUUGAGGCUGCGGAUCUUAUCUACUUUGCCCUGACCAAGGCUGUGGGUGCCGGUGUGACGCUGGCGGAUAUUGAAAAGAGCCUUGAUGCCAAGAGCUUCAAGGUCAAGCGGAGGACAGGGGACGCCAAGGGCAAGUGGGCAGAGAAAGAAGGUAUCAAGGUUGCCGCUACAAACGAGCCGGUGGUUCCGGUGAAGGAAGCGCCCAAGGAGGAGGCGGCUGCGUCGGACCGGGUCACGAUGAAGGUGUACGACAUGGCUACUACGUCAACAGCACAGCUCGACGAAGCCCUGAGACGGCCAUCACAGAAAUCGUCGGACGCCAUCCUGAAAAUCGUCACCCCGAUUAUCGAUGAUGUCCGCAAGAACGGCGACAAGGGCGUCCUCGCCUACACCCACAAGUUCGAGAAAGCGACAUCCCUCACCUCCCCCGUUCUCAAAGCCCCCUUCCACCCCUCGCUCAUGCAAUUGCCCGCCGAGACCAUCAAGGCGAUCGACGUAUCCUUCGAAAACAUCCGCAAGUUCCACGCGGCCCAAAAGGAAGAGAAACCCCUUCAAGUCGAGACCAUGCCAGGCGUCGUCUGCAGCCGCUUCUCCCGCCCAAUCGAAGCCGUCGGCCUAUACGUCCCCGGCGGCACCGCGGUCCUCCCCAGCACAGCCCUCAUGCUAGGCGUCCCCGCGAUGGUAGCCGGGUGCCAAAAGAUCGUCCUCGCCUCCCCGCCUCGCGCCGACGGCACCAUCACGCCCGAGAUCGUCUACGCCGCCCACAAAGUCGGCGCCGAAUCCAUCGUUCUCGCAGGCGGCGCCCAGGCCGUGGCCGCCAUGGCCUACGGCACCGAGAGCAUCACCAAAGUCGACAAGAUUCUCGGGCCCGGCAACCAGUUCGUCACGGCCGCCAAAAUGUACGUCAGCAACGACACCAACGCCGGCGUCAGCAUCGACAUGCCGGCGGGGCCCUCCGAAGUGCUCGUGGUCGCCGACAAGGACGCCAACCCGGCGUUUGUCGCGUCCGACCUGCUCUCGCAGGCCGAGCACGGCGUCGACAGCCAGGUGGUGCUCAUCGCCGUCGACCUGACCGAUGCCCAGCUGGCGGCUAUCGAGGAGGAAGUGCACAACCAGGCCGUGGCGCUGCCGCGCGUGGAUAUUGUGCGGGGGUCGAUCGCCCACUCGCUUACGGUGCGGGUUAAGACGGUCGAUGAGGCGAUGGAGAUUAGUAACAAGUAUGCGCCGGAGCACUUGAUUCUCCAGUUGCGGGAUGCGGAGGCUGUCGUGGAGAAGGUGAUGAAUGCGGGGAGUGUGUUUAUUGGGGAGUGGACGCCGGAGAGCGUGGGGGAUUACUCGGCUGGUGUGAACCACUCGCUUCCAACAUAUGGCUACGCCAAGCAAUACUCGGGCGUCAACUUGGCGUCCUUUGUCAAGCACAUCACGAGCUCGAACCUGACGGCAGAGGGCCUUCGGAAUGUGGGCGAGGCGGUGAUGCAGCUUGCCAAGGUCGAGGAGCUCGAGGCUCACCGGAGGGCAGUCAGCAUCAGGCUGGCGACCCUGGAUCAGUAA